AUGGUUGAAUUUGCCACUCAUACACCAGAAGCAGCGCUUCUCCAUUUUUUGGAACCUUUUGAUCGUGUAUUAUUCUCAUGGUUGGAAAAUUAUGUUGAUAAUUUGGAGUUUGUGAAGGCUAAUUUUCACUAUUGCUACAUGCAUAAUUAUCCAAACGGAAUUGUUGAUGAUGUUAAUCAUGGAAGACAACCAUUCCCAUUCCUUGUUGCUGGAUUGUCAUUAUUCUCUUGUUUCCUUCUCUUUGUUUUAUCUAAAGUGUUAUCUCCACUCCUUUUUAAAGCCUACAGAAAUUUAAGAGAUGAUUCCGAUAGAGAAAAGUGGAAUGUUAAAUUUGUUAGUGCUCUUCAUGCAGCAUUUGUUUUCCAAGGAGCUUUUCGUUGUUUAUUAUAUGGAGGAGGUUUAUUCUUUAAUUCUGAUCCCAUCGAUGAUGGUUUGGUUGGUUUCCAAAAAUUUUCUUGUGGAUAUUAUACUGAUUUGAGUAGAUUUUACAUGGCAAUUACUUUUGGAUAUAUGUUUUAUGAUUUCUGGGUUUGUAUUAGAGCUUACGGAUUAACAUUGGAAGGUAUUUUCCCAUCUCUUGUGAUUCACCAUUUCAAUAUUAUCAUUUCCUUCUUGUUGGCUCUCAAACUUGGAAUGGGUCACUAUUAUUCUUUAAGUUUCAUGACUAAUGAAAUCAGUCAACCAUUCUUGCAUUUGAGUUGGUUCUUAAUUAAGAGUAAGGUUCCACAAUUGCAUCCUGUUUCAAUUGUGAAUGGUUUAAUGUUGGUUCUCACAUUCCUGGGAAGUAGAUUCUUCUUUAAUGCUUACAUUUUCUAUCACUUUAUUGAAAAGACUUUUUCAUUCCAACUUACUAACUGUUUGGGAAUUGGUACAUGGACUUGUUUGAUCCAUGUUGCUUGUAACUGGGAUUGGUGUUGGUUGAUGGUUAAGCAAAUUAAGGGAAUGAUUGGAAAGAAGAAGGCACCACCAGCCAAAACUGAAGACGCAAAGGUUAAAUCCGAAUAA